AUGCGUUGGACUCUGACGUACUACCGAAGCAAAGUGCUGCAGCCGGUGCCCCGCGCCCCGAACCUGCCGCGCAAGCUGGUCUACAAGUUCAACCCGGCGGUCAUCCAGCGAGUGGCCGCCUCCAAGAUGGCGGCGAGCGGCGCCACCGCCUCCACCUCCACCUCCAACGCCCCUCCUGCGCCGCCCACCGCCGCCGCCGCCGCCGCCUCCGCUGCAGCCGACCCCAGCACCCUUGCGCCCCCCGCGGCAAGCGUAUGA